AGAGUGACAGGUGGCUGCCGCCAGCCCAGCCUGCCAGCCGCGCUUUCUCCCUACAGAUAUCUCGCUCCUGGUCCCGUUCCUGAGUUCGCCAUGGUCAUCCCUUCUGCCCGCUGGUGCUCCGUGGCGCUCACCCUACUGUUCGUCCUGCACGAAGGGAAGGGCCAUCUGCCUCAGGGAUCCGCGCCUGCCGCAGAAGCCCAAAGCAGCCACUUGCGCAUCAAGAGAUGUUCCUGCAACAGCUGGCUGGACAAGGAAUGCGUCUACUUUUGCCAUUUGGACAUCAUCUGGGUGAACACACCAGGACAGACCACUCCUUACGGCCUGGGAAACCCGCCAAGGCGCCGCCGCCGCCGAGCCCUGAGCAGAUGUGAGUGUGCCAGCUCCAGAGACCACACCUGUGCCACCUUCUGUCACCUUCCCCAGCCAAGGUACCUGGCUAAGCCAAAGAUGCCCUCCCACAGUGGGCCUUCAACAACACCUCUGCUUCCAGAUACAAGGGCAGAUGCAGGCAGCCGGCUCCUCAGGGCACUACGGGACAUUGCCAGAUCUCAGGCCCACUUUACUCAGUGGCAGCGCAAGUCUCCUAAAGGUUCCAGACCCAAUCUGCUGUCUCAGAGGAGGAAGCGAUAAAAAAAAAGAAGAAGAAGAGAGCAGCAUUGGCCUGAAGAACCCCAGGCUCCCAAGGACUUCCAAGCUCCUGGCCCAGUUAGAUGCAGAAAGGAAGAAGUUGGAGGAGCAGUGUGUGGGCAUGUGGGAGCAUGGAGCCAGGCAUAGACGGUGGAGACAAUGUUGGACACUGGUCACCCUGGCUCUCCACCUCCAACAUGAUGCUGCUGCUGGGACCGGCAGGGUCUCGUGGGGACCCUACAAUGUCUCACUAAACCUGGGCAACUCUUAGAGGGGUCCAUGGUGGACCAUGCAAACUCAUGGGGUACAUACUUGGACAGUUUGGCCUGGAAGCCCAAAGUCAGCCCACCCCAGGUCCGGACUGCGGCAGGAAAGCCUGCCCUGGAGUGUUAUUUCUCCUCCUUGCUCUUCUUCCAAUGUUUCUCGUCAGCCAAGAUGCUUUUCUGCCCUGUGUUCCUUCUUUCAUUCCUUCAAAGGACCAUAUGAUAUAAUGGAGGAAGCACUGCUGUGGAAUCAGAGGAUCCUGGGUUCAAAUCCUGGCUCUGCUACUUGCUAACUGUGUGACUUUUGGGCAAGUUCCAUUCCCUCCUUGGCCUCCAGCUUCUUCUGAAACAUCAAGGGUGGGGGGUGGAGUUUGGACCAGAUAACCUCUAAGGUCCCUUUUAGUCUUAGAUCUUCUAUCCUACUGAGGACCUACUAUGUGCCAGGCUGUACAGUGGGAGACAUAGAUCUAGGUAUGAGACUGUGAUCACCAGGAGUGUACUGCCCUCUCUGGUCUAAGCAGAACUUGCUUCCAUCCUGAUGGAUUCAGUCCUAGCUAUAUGUCUUUAUUGAGAGAACAAGAGAGAGAGAGAGAGAGAGAGAGAAAGCAAAAGCAUCACAGAGGCUGAAUGAAGUCAGAUCGGGGAGGUAACUGCAGCAUCGGCCCAGAACAUGCCUGACACUCACCAGCAGCAGUAACAGCUGCCUAUUCUAGGCCCCUUUCCCCCUUCACCAGGGGCAGCUGGUCUCAGCAGAGACUGAACAUGAAGCCCAGGGCUGCCCUCUGAGACUCCGUUUAAAGGAAUGGAGCCCACAUUUCAUCCUCUCCAUCUGUGUGUUCUUUGAAAAAUUUGAAGGAGGCUGGUAGUGCAAAAUACUGGGUACCAAAGUCACCCCCCACCCCGAGCCAGGAGGCCUUACUUGUCGA